UUAAUUAACAAUUUAAAAGUAAGUUAUAUUUCUACCAGCAGCCUCAAUACUUAAGAAAUUCCUUUGUAGUGCAGCAGUUAAGGUUCAAGCAUUGUCACUGCAGUGGCUUGGGUUCCUGCUGUGGUGCUAGUUUUGUCACUGGCCAGGGAAUUUACACACACCUCAUAUGGGGGGAGGAAGAAGGAGUUAAGUCCUCUUGUUGUUUGGAACAUAACAAUACUUCCAUGGAUUAAUGCAUGUCAACAAAUUUAUCUGAUUUUAAGAGGUUUUAAUAAUUUUUGGUAUGUUACGUAUGUGUAAUCCUCAUCUAUUUCUUCAUUUGCAGUGUCAUUCUUGUUUGAAAUCAUGGAAAAUUGGAAUCUCACUUCAGAUUUCAUUCUCCUAGGACUCCUUAACCACACAGGACCACAUCUAUUUCUUUUUGUGAUGGUUCUCACAACUGCCUUCUCCUCCUUAGUGGGCAAUGCCCUCAUGCUUCUCCUGAUUCUCCUGGACCCCCAACUCCACAGGCCCAUGUACUUCCUACUGAGCCAGCUCUCCCUCAUGGACAUGAUGCUGGUUUCCACAAUUGUGCCCAAAAUUGCUGCUGACUACUUGACUGGCAGAAAUUCCAUCUCCCCUGCUGGCUGUGGGUUGCAGAUCUUUUUCUUCCUCACCUUGGGAGGGGGUGAGUGCUUCCUCUUAGCAGCCAUGUCCUAUGACCGCUAUGUCGCUAUUUGCCACCCACUGAGAUACCCAGUCCUCAUGAGCUGGCAAAUAUGCCUGAGAAUGAUUUGGGGGUCUUGGUUCCUGGGUGCAGCUGAUGCACUCAUGCAGGCUGCUGCUACCCUGACCUUCUCAUACUGCAGUUCACAUGAGAUCAAUCAUUUCUUUUGUGAAGCCCCAUCUCUGGUGCGUUUGGCUUGUGCUGACACGUCUCUCUUUGAGUCUGUCAUGUACAUAUGCUGUGUGUUAAUGCUCCUGGUCCCCAUCUCCCUCAUCCUGAUUUCCUAUAGUCUCAUUCUUACUACAGUUCUCCAGAUGCGCUCUAAUGAAGCCCGCAAGAAGGCUUUUGCCACCUGCUCCUCUCAUCUAUCUGUGGUGGGACUCUUUUUUGGAGCAGCCAUUUUUACCUACAUGAGACCCAAAUCAUACAGAUCAGCAAACCAUGAUAAGAUUGUGUCAGCAAUCUAUACUAUCUUCACCCCAGUGCUGAACCCCCUCAUCUACAGUCUGAGGAACAGUGAGGUCAAGGGAGCUCUCAGAAAAUGUAUGGGUCAGUGUGUUGCUUUAAACAGUGAUUAAGGUUACAUUGAUUCGCCCAAAAGUUCAAAGCUAUACAGAGUUACAAGGUUUUUAUACAAAAUUUCCUUGAAGGAGGUUAUGUACACAUAUCUAUAUCUCAUUUCUAUUUUACUUUGGAAUACUUAUGGAUCUCCAAACUUUGGGAUUAUUUAUGAAGCAGCCACCAAUAAAUCAAACUGUUGAUUGCUAAAAUCUGUUAUUCACAAACUCUUAUUAAAAUGUUUCUGCACCAUACCUCACAAAAAAUAAUUGUUCAAAGAAUGAAAAAAGUAGUGAAAUAAUGUUGAAGUUCCCUCAUUUUAAAAUUUGAAUUAAAAUUUAUAAACACUAGAAUACUCAGAUGUGAAGGCUGCCUUUCAACCAGUUGCAGUGUACAUGCGUUUACACCCACUAACAAGAGACAAAACUUUGCCAGACUAGAAACGCCCCUCAGACAUUUUUCUAGUAAAAUACUUCAACCUAGAGACAACCACUCUUCUGAUUUAGAUCUCUCUUUAUUAGUUUA